AUGUCCCCUCUGGAUCCCGAUACUCUUCCUACGCCUUCAUCAUCGUCACGACCAAAAGGAACGCCUUCGAUCACCCCUAGAAGAUUUAAUCGAUUCUGGCAGCCCAGGCAGGUUCAGACGCAGCCAUUGCCAAAGUUUAGGACUGCUCUUGGUAGCUUGGUUGAGGCCGACACUAAUCAGCAACCCGUCUCACCUCAAUCGCUUUUUAGUGACAACAUCCUGCCAUCAUCUCCCACGGAAAGGUUUCAAGAUGACUCACGGAAGAGGAAGCUCCAGCUCGAUGCUUCCGAGACGGAGGGUGACCUCAAGAGGCCAACUUUGAACCUGGAUGAUAUGCCACCACUUCGACUGACUCGCUCAAGCUCUUCGAACUUGAGUGUUGAUAAUGGUUUGAAGGCAUCGGAUAGUUUCAGUAGUGAAGCUAGUCUGGAGAGCCUUGAUAGCUGUAGAAGAGCUACUUUGAGCAGUUUCUUCAAGACCAGUCGUGGAGUUGCUAAAACCCCAAAGAAGGGCAAUACCGUCAAAACUACCAAUAUUGGUCAUGAAGAACCUCAGCCUGAUGAUGAACCAUUCAACUACGCACCCAGGCCCAUUAGGAAAUUCGCCAACAGAGGCUUCACUUCUCAAUUGCUAAAUCGUGAACAUGGACUCGGAUAUUCAAGCGGUCAAUCCCUUCUUCGCACGCCUGCAUCCGAUCCCCGAACCGAAACAGCACGGUUUCACAGUCGUUGCAUCGAUUCGUACGAGUGUCUCGCUCCUAGCGGUAGUCGCACCAUUCCCUUCUGUCUCGCAAGCACUCAUAAUGCUCCUGUGACGGCCGUCGGCGAUGAAGAAGGUUGCGUUAGGUUCUUUGACACUUCUGCAAACGAUGAUCCGAGCGAGGAAAAAGAUCUGGGCGUCCAUACCGUCCACGACAAUGCCAUCUGGGAUAUGGACUUUUCCAAUGACGACAUGCGUCUUGCAACCACGGCUGGUGAUGCAGCCUUGGUAAUGGAUGUGACGACCAAGACUGUGGCAGCCAGACUCUCUGAAGGUCACUACAGUUCAACUCGACAAGUUGCUUGGCAGAAGGGCCAGUCCAUCGGCAAUGUGUUGACCACCUCAGACAAGGCUGGCCGUAUCCGUUUGUGGGAUCUGCGAUGUCCACCUUCUCAUGUCAGAAGCUUUUCGACGGUGAGUUGUAGUGAGACAGGUCGACGGACUGUCACUAUGAGAGAUGAGACUCUCCGGCCAUUGCAAGCAUCUGCCGUGAACACUCUUGACAAUACCCAUGAACGUAAUGCUCAUGGAAAGAUUUCUGUUGCGUCCGUCACCGCUAUCCAAUGGCUCCCCGCCGAUCGUGAACAUCUGCUACUAUCCGCCUCCGAAGCAGAGGCUGUUGUCAAGCUCUGGGAUCUCCGAUACAUCAACCGUCGGCAUCAGGAGAAGAGUAUUCCUCUGUCCUCCACAGCCGUGCCAUCCAACCACGCCUGGCGCUCAUACGGAAUCACCUCCCUGGCCCUUAGUAGUGACGCCGCUCGUAUGUACGCUGUAUGCAAAGACAACACCAUCUACGCCUACUCCAUGGCUCAUCUCAUGCUCGGCCACGCUCCUGAACUCAAAGACCUCGCUACGAAGAGAAGACCCAUUGCUUCCCAAGGUCUAGGUCCCCUGUAUGGUUUCAAACACGAUUCGUUCGCCGCCAGAACAUUCUUCGUUAAGUGCAGCAUGCGGCAAAAGGGCAUAUCUCACUCAUCUGACCUCCUCGCCGUCGGGAGCUCCGAAUCUUCGGCCGUGCUCUUCCCUACUGAUGAGCGCUAUCUUCGUUCAGUCUGCGACCAGCGUGCUCACCUCCUCGAUCCCCCCGGAUCCGCCCCUACGCCCUCCCGUUCUUUCUCAUCCGCCGCCGGCGCUGAACCCAGCUCAUCUACUAUCCCGAUCUUCCGCAACGGCACGCCCCUUAUCCACGGUCACACCCGCGAAGUUUCAAAUGUCAGCUGGAGUUACGACGGGAAGCUGGUCAGCGCGUCGGACGAUUCCGUUGUCCGCCAGUGGCAAGAAGACGAAGGUCGAGCGCGAUAUUUCAGACAGGUUGGCGACUUUGGUGGAGAGCGAUACUUUGCAGGCUGGGCAGACGUGGGAGACGACUGGGACAUUGAUGACGAUGAGUAA